CAGGUAGUCUUUUUAUGCUCCAGCAUAAAAUUGACUAAAAUGGCUUUUAAAAAAAGGUCUUGAUGACAAUUUUGGGCCCCCGGGUUAUUAACCCCAGCCCCUUCUCCUUAAUACAGCACUAAAUGUGCAUAAACACUAAAUUAUACUAAUUAUUUUGAUUGGUAUAUAGUUUCUUUCUACUUUUUCUAAUGUUUUUAUAAAAUAUAAUUUAUGGCAUAAAAGUGUUAGAAUAAUAAUUUUAAAAUCAUUAAAAAAUAAUUUAGAAAGAACAUAUAAGAUGCAGCUGUGUUGCCAUUUAAAGGAUUUCCUUUAAUCGAGUCAGGUUUGUUCAAAAAAAUUUCAAGCUAAAGUAAUGAAAUACUUGAUCAAACAAGAUCAAAGACUUGAAAAUAUUGAGAAAGUUCUACUAAAUUUAACAUCAUCUUCAGUUGGAGUAGAUAAAGAAGUAUCCCAAAUAAGCAAUUUGGAAGAUUUACAUAAUUUAGAGGAAAGAAUUGCAAAUGAAAAAGAGUUUAAUAAACUGGUCUUAUCUCUGUCUUCUGCUGGGGGUAAAGAUGUUAAAGAUGUUGUCAAGAACAUUAUGGAAAGUGUCGCUACGUACGAUGUGUUUGCCAAGUUCAAUUUUCGAGGAACUAAUCGCCUCGAAAAUAAUAAAGAGUCAAGACCUAAGAAAGAAGCUUUUAAAUGUCUUAUUAUAUGCAAAGCUGUGUGCUGUGCAGCAAUGAAGGAUAGAAAAUUUAACAAAGAAGACGUAUUAAACUGCGAAAAAGAUAUUUUGCGAUACGCUCCAGACAAGGCCACAGGCGGAAGACGGUCUUCAACAUAAUAGUUUUUCAAUUGUUAAAAUGUAAAAAGCAAAUGAGUGGUUAACUUGUAAAUCUUGUUUUAUAUUUCAAUACCAUAAUUAUAUAUUUAUUUGGAAA